AUGGAGGAUUGGAGAAGAAUUGACGUCGACCAGUACGACCCAGAUUUGCAGUACGAGCCAGACCCGAUCGACGCGCCUGCCUAUUCUGCACAGCAAUUGGACUCGCUCGUGACAGAGAUCCGCUCCAGCGUGUCCAGAGGCGACGCUCUGGGUGCAAUCAAGCUGUGUGUUGCGCAGCCUCCGUACGGCUCCGACAGCGCUCUAAAGACGACAUAUCUACAGGCGGUGCUGAACGCGUUUGUUUCCGUGAGACAGAGCGAGAUCCCCAACAUUGUGAAGAGCCUGGAUAUGGACGAAACAGACACACUGGUCAAACUGCUGUACUCGCUCAUGAGCAUCAAAGAGGGCCAGAAGUCGGGCGGAGUGUUGCUGGGCUGGUUCGACAAAGUGGUGGAGUUGGUCGGAGAACGCCCUAUCGUGAGCUAUGUAAACACCGGUGCUCCCAAGUUUAAUAUGGUUGUUAAGAGAGGCGACAAAUUCCCUACUAACGUGAGCACACUCUUUAUCUCGUCCCCCGAGGGCGAGCCCAAGCCCUUUGAUCUGAAGGCAGCAACAAAGAGCAAGAAGUUUGUGGUUGUCAGUGUUCCUGGUGCUUUCACUCCACCUUGCACCAACCAGCACCUUCCAGAGUACAUUCAGAAAGUGCAGAACUUUGCUUCAAAAGGGGUCGAUUUCAUCCUUGUUGUGACCCAGAACGAUCCGUUUGUGCUUCGUGCCUGGAGAGAAAAAUUGGGGGCUACUUCCAGUAAGAUCGUUUUCGUGUCAGACCCGUAUCUCGACCUGUCCAAGAAGCUGGGAUCUCCUAUUGAUUUGGGAGACCUGGGCCUCGGAACGAGAUCCAGCAGACUGGCUCUGAUUGUCAACCGCAGCGGAAUCGUCGAGUUUGUGGCCGACGAAAAGGGCGGAGAAGUCAACGUCUCGACCGCGUCGAAACUGCUGGCAAAGUUGUAA